UAAUGCCACUUUAUUUAGUCGCUCGAGGCAGUCAGUGGACUACUGAAGUCACUAUGGAUGAACUGUAAAAGUCGCUGAGGACGGUAGCCAACCAGCUUGGACAUGUUUCAUAGUUAUAUGAAUUUUGUUACACGGAAACAAUAAUUUAAAAUGUUUACUUCAGAUGGAUUGCUUUUGUUAGUCCUUUACAACACAGAUAUUUGACCCGGUCUAAAAAGUAAGAGCAUUCGGACUUCCAAACUUGAAAACUCACCUUUUUGCUGUACGAAGCAGAAAGCCCUGCUCCGGACUUAAUGGAGAUAUAUCGGAGCGUCGGAGUCCUGGGACAACUCAUCAACACCUUUCGCGUUGGAUAAUAGAUAUUUCAUAUGGCGUGAAGGAUAUUGCAUAUUUGUUAUUCUUCCAAAGACUGGGGAGCACCUUGCCAAAAAAUAGCGCGUCAGAGAAGAUUCUCAUACCAUAAUAAGACGCAUCAAAUAAAGACAGUUCUAUAAAACCCACUACCCUAAAACUGCAAUCUGGGCAUACCAUGAUAAGCUACUCUUUUACUUUUGGGGGGUUGUGGUGGAGCACAUAUUGUAUUAUGCUUAUUGUCGGCAGCAAUUAUUUAUUUGAUGGAAAUAACGAUAUCCAUCCAAACUUUGUUCACCGGCGGUUGCGGACUCACGAGAAAAGAGAGAUGCAAAAAGAAAUUCUCUCUAUACUCGGGCUGCCACACAGACCCCGACCGCAUCUGUCACAUGACAAGUACAACUCGGCACCCCUCUUCAUGCUUGAUCUUUACAAUACCAUAUCAAAUGAAGAGAAAACAGAUAUGGAGGGGAUUUUGGACCAGUAUAAAUCUAUGUUCACCACCCAAGGACCUCCUUUGGCCACGUUCCAGGACAGUACCUUCUUGAACGACGCCGAUAUGGUGAUGAGCUUUGUUAAUUUAGUGGAGUACGACCGAGAGCUCUCACCACAGCGGCGGCAUCACAAGGAGUUCAAAUUCAACCUGUCCCAGAUCCCCGAGGGAGAGGCCGUCACUGCCUCAGAGUUCCGCCUCUACAAGGAGUGCGUCAGCCAGGCCUUCAAGAACGAGACCUUCCUCAUCACCGUCUACCAAGUGGUGCAGGAGCGCCCGGGCAGGGAUGCCGAUCUCUUCCUGCUGGAGUCUCGGAAGCUGUGGGCAGCCGAGGAAGGCUGGCUGGAGUUUGACAUCACAGCCACCAGCAACCUAUGGGUGAUGAGUCCCCAUCACAACCUGGGACUACAGAUUAGUGUGGAGACCAGCAAUGGGAGGAGCAUCAGCCCAAAAGAGGCGGGACUUGUGGGGCGUGACGGGGCUCUGGAGAAGCAGCCCUUCAUGGUGGCCUUCUUCAAAGUUAGCGAAGUGCACAUACGGUCCGUCCGCUCAACAGGCAAGAGGCGACAGCAGAACCGCAACCGCUCCACCCAGCCACAAGAGGCAGCCAAGGGCCCAGGCAUUUCAGAUUACAACAGCAGCGACCAGAAGACAGCUUGCAGAAAGCACGAGCUGUAUGUCAGCUUCCGGGAGCUGGGCUGGCAGGACUGGAUUAUUGCACCAGAGGGAUAUGCUGCCAACUACUGUGAUGGAGAGUGCUCCUUCCCCCUUAAUGCCCACAUGAAUGCCACCAACCACGCCAUUGUGCAGACACUGGUCCAUCUCAUGAACCCGGAGAAUGUCCCCAAACCCUGCUGCGCCCCUACGAAGCUGCACGCCAUCUCCGUGCUCUACUUCGACGACAACUCCAACGUGAUCCUGAAGAAGUACAAGAACAUGGUGGUGAGAGCCUGUGGAUGCCACUGACCCCACCGGACCGUCGCAAGCCCAACGGCUGCAGCAGACACUGCCUGUACGCCACAUGGGUGUCACAGGCGUGUGCGUGUACGUGUGCGUGUAUGCGUGUGUAGUAUGGGUGUGUGUGUCCGUGUGUGUGUGAGUGAAAUAAUACCCAUUACCUUCGCCCCGCCCUCUCCUCACUGCAGCGACUCGGGGCGAUCGAAGGACUGCUACAUGACCAGAAAAAUGUGCUGCUUUCUCCUCUGACCCGAAUUCACACCAUUCCAAACCCUGUAGCUACUCUAGCGGUGCGGUUCUCGCAUGGCGAGCGAUCAGGCGUGCUCAGUCGUCCACUUUAAAGCCUCUUGAUGAUGGACUGAUUAGUAUGUCAUUGCAGAGAAAACAAUGCUGUUGGUGAGAUGUACUCAGAUGUCACUGAAAAUGAAUAUAAUGCUUUUUAGGACAGUGGGAAAAAAUAUUAACCAAACCAGACUCUAUCUCUAAUACAGAUAUCUAUAUCAGACUAACCAAAGCUUGAUCUUAACAUAUAAAAUUCCAUUUGAAUCUAAUUUUUAUAAUUAGUAUUAUGAUACAAGUUAUGUAAUUGUUCAAACCUUCCUGCAAUUCUUAGCUGUUCCUCAUAGUAUAUGCAGGAAGCUACUACUCACAACCCUCCCCCACCAGACCCCCUUCUAAAGAAAAAGCCAAACUUCAUUUGAACCAGGAAAUGACCGUGCUGUUGCAUUUGUAAACAAGCCUAUAUUUUCAGAGCAUAAGUAUUUUACUGUAUCCUAGUCAUUUUGUGUUGAUAUUUAACCAAGUUUAGUGUCAAAAAUGUAAUGCCUCAGUUUGUUUCUCAAUUUUGAUGGCAUAGAAUUGAGAAUAAUUGCAACUUGGUACAAUUGUUUCCUAAACAAGCACAAGAUCUUUCAACACAACAAAAUCUGCUGCAGCAAUAAAGAAUAGCUAUUCUAGAGAUAACUACACCGUCUUAUCUAUCCCACCACAAAUUAUGAACCACGAUAAGAAAAAAAUACCUCCAGAAGCUGCUGUCUACAUUUUUCUGAAUCAUGUUUAGACUUCCACUUUGUAUGUAAAUACUUGUACAUUAUUCAGCUUAUUUAUUGCACCUCAUAAGUUACAUGCCAUCUUACAAUGAAACAAACAAGACUAUUUUUGGAAAAGAAGUUUUAUUACAAAAUCUUUGCAGAAAUCCAUGUUAGCAACUCGCAAUUAUUUUUUGUUGCAAUAUUUUUGUUUGUAAAAAAACUUCAUGGGCAGUGGACAACCCACUCAUAGAAAAUACUACUUUCCUUCACUCGAGCCUGUCUACACCAAGUGCUAUCCAUAAAGGUUUUACUGACAUUAA